AGAAAGGAUAAGUAAUGUAUCCAUGUUCAAAGGGUCUCCUUGGAAAAGCCUUUAUUUUCCUGGAAGAAACAGACACUAGCUAUGUUGUCCUGUCUCCAGCACAGCCCUUGAGUCAUGGAGCAUUCACACUUUGCAUGAAGGUGGCCUCAGAGUUACCAUCCAAUCGUGAAAUCAUUCUUUUCUCCUACCGCACCAAGUAUUAUGACUAACUCAAUGUGUGGCAAGAGUUUAAUGGCACCUUUAGUUUGUACCUGAGUGGUCCUGGAGUGCACUUCACCCUCCCCAAACUCAACACCUUUGGGAGUCACAUGUGUGUGACCUGGGAAUCCAAAUCUGGUCUCACGGCCUUUUGGGUAAAUGGUAAAAGGAGCUUAAGAAAAGUGCUGAGACCAGGGCAUAGGAUCCAACCACAGGGCAUUGUCAUGCUGGGGCAAGAUCCGGAUACAUUCUGGGGCAGGUUUGAGAAGGCCCAAAGCUUUGUGGGAGAAAUAAGUGACCUUUAUAUGUGGGACCGUGUCUUAUCACCCUCCAUUAUCCAGAAUGUUUACCUGGACCACUCAUUUCCCAAGGGAAAUAUUUUUGACUGGAAAUCAUUAUCAUAUAAGUGUACGGGUAUUGUGAUUGUGCCAUCCAAACCGUAACUGGAGUGUAAUGUGAAUGAAAGGGCUUCUGACAGUCUAAUGUUUCAUUUCUCCUACGUGUGCACAAGAAAUAAAAUAGAACAAGGAAUGGAGUGGAAAACUCUAGAAAUGUGUGGGUGUUUUUUUUACAAGACAGAAAUUAGAGAUGGCAAAGCCCUUAUAGACAGCUUAGUCCCAUGCUCACACAUGUUAAUGCCAAUCUUGUCUCUAAAGUACACUAU